AUGGGUAUCCGGAGUGAUUUGCAGGCGGACCACGAUGUGAAGAUCUGUGGCUUUGCUUUGGAAAAGGAGGAGGCUCAUUUUGAUGUUUGUCUGGCCCAUAAGGACAAGCAUUCCGUGGAGCCGACAGAGGACGGAUGGACACAGUUCUGGCUGCGCGAACCAGGGGGCAGACUCACAGAGGAAAACCUCGCUCUUCACAACACCUCCAACGAGGACAAGGAGUCCAUAGAGGCCAGCGAGGACGGCUGGACGCAAUUCUGCCUGCACGAGCCAGGGCCUCUGGCUGCCCUGCCUCCGGGACGUGGAGGCCCACUCACAGAGGAAAACCUCGCUCUUCACAACACCUCCAACGAGGACAAGGAGUCCAUAGAGCCCAGCGAGGACGGCUGGACGCAUUUCUGGCUGCACGAACCAUCUGCCUCCGGGAAGUGGAGGGGGGGGGAGCGACAGCCAGGGGCGCCCUGGUGUGGAUCACGCCCACUCACAGAGGAAAACCUCGCUCUUCACAACACCUCCAACGAGGACAAGCAUUCCGUGGAGCCGACAGAAGACGGAUGGACACAGUUCUGGCUGCGCGAACCAGGGGGCCUCUGGCUGCCCCCUGCCUCCACGUCCCGGAGGCAGGGGGAGCCACAGCCAGGGGCCCCCUGGGUGUGGAUCCCGUCGCUGGCGGGCAGACAAGGAGUCCACGCCUGCAAGAACCAGGGCCUCUGGCUGCCCUGCCUCCGGGACGUGGAGGAUGCCAAGGAGACCUCGGGGAUCGGUCGCUUGGGUGUGCGCUUGCGAGCAAGACAACUUCCGGCCCCUGAGCCCCGCCCUGAGCCAUGCCAUUGGAGCCAUGCCAUUGGAGUGUUGGUGAUCAGAGCUUUGAAACAAAGAGGGUCCCAGGGCAAAAUUGCCACUGGGAUGCGAACUACGACUUCUCAAUACAUCGAGUUGACACCUCUUUGGCAGCCACUUGGAGCUGAUGAUGACAUGCCAGCAGAUUUGCAGGUGUUAGGGAAAGCGUUGCGUGAAGCCUUACGUCCAUGCUGGUCCACGUUGGAGACCAACCCAGAAGGGCAUUGGAUGGGCCGACUCCAGAGCGAAAACGCUGAAAGUCUCAAGGUGGUCGAGCUGCAGGACAUCUUCAUUGGAGGAAUGCUGCUGAUUGCAGUCAUCAUUUUGAACACUGGCCGUCACAGAUGGCAUGUCUUGGGAAACUCUGCGAUGUUGAAUGGUCAGCAUGCCACCAUGCUGAGCACCGCAUACAGGCAUGGGCUUUCAGCGUUGCCGGCAGUUUUCAACGGACAGGUGGUGGCGAUCCACGACAGGAUUUUCUGCCGGCACAUCACCGUGGGAGUGCCAGAGCGUGUCAAGGGACUUUAUCGAGCAGCCACGGCACCACAGCAACCCAUCUCUUUGCAGGACAAGGUGGACUAUGCCUUGUCCAACUUGGAGCAGAUGUCGUCUGAGAGGAUGGAUCCUCUGAAGUUGCGAUAUCAAAGGAGGUUGAAGGAACUACAUCAAGCACGGGGGGUGCUCACCUCAAGUCAAAUGCUGCGUCUCAUGGCUUCACUUUCGGAGCAUCCCCUGGUGCUGUACUCCGAUGCCGCCAGGCCGCUAAUGGAAGUGGCAACGCAGCGAUUGGCAGUGGCGAAAUUGGAGAAUCCAACUCCUAGCCAUUUGGCAGGUGCAAGCCUCUGUUUGGCACUCUAUGCCUGUAUGCGGAACAAGGACCCACAAGAUUGCCCAGAAGGCUAUGCGCUGAAUCGUCUGCUGGCUAAAGUGGUUGAAACCCAGGCCGCGCUUCCGCCCUCCGUCUCGCAGGCAGAGUUCCUCACGAGGCCCUUGCUGGCAACUGCCCUCUUGACUCCGCAAGAUGUUCAGGACCUCUACCCAGCAGUUGCCACAGUCGUGGAGGAGGAAAGCUUCUGGCGAGGCUUCAAUGCCAAAGCAGUCGCCCAAGCCGUUGGUGCGUUAGGCCUUCUGAAGGAACAGGGUGUGGUUCCUCUUCCAGAGAAUGCGUCGCAGCGCGUGCGCCGGAUGCUGGACCUGGAGCGUUGCUUCAGUGACAGCGGCCUGGCGAUGCCCGAGCUGACGCUGCUGUGCCGAGGUUUAGACCUCCUUGACCAAGGCAGCCUGCUGAAACAGGCUCGACAGUUGCAGCAGGAGAGGCUUACGCUACGAGGUGCAGCCGCAGUGCCGAUGCUGGAACUUUGUGAAACGUUGCAGUUGAUGAAGAGUUUUGGAAGGUUAAGCCCCGACGAGCCCUUCGUGUUCGACAUGGUGCGCUUGGCAGCCAACCAGGUUGAUAGGUUACAGCGCGGAGAACGGAAGAUGCUCCGGGGCUUGCUGGAGCAUUUAGCAUCCCAGCUGGGCUUUGAAGCUGGUGUAUCGUGGGUAGAUUUGGCGCAGGCCCCCGCAGGACAUGACCUGGGCUCGCCCGAGGCUGCGGUCUGUUUGUUGGCCAGGUACGACUGGUUUUCGCGCAAGAGCCGGGCUCAGACCUCCUGGUUCCACCAGCGGGGACGGCUUCGAUAG